AUCAGCACGAGCCUUCAUCAAAUCAAAAGAAACAGCGGCACUGGUAGUCACAAAUUACGUUUUCAAUAGCGCAGUUUUCCCUAGUUCAGAACCCACAUGUUUCACCAAGUGAUAAGCUUGGUUUUACUGCUCGGAUUCAGUGCAGCAUGGGAUAUUUCCGCUCAGAAAAACGCGAAAACGAAGUAUGUGGGAACCCAUACGCUCGAACCGUGUCAGCAGUGUGACUAUACAAAGUGUACCAUCCCGACAGAGUGCAAAGCUGGUCUGGUGUUAGAUCGUUGCGGCUGUUGCCGUGUCUGUGGUCUGGAAGAAUCGCAUCUGUGCAAUCUAGAGGAAGAAAUCGCUUUGCUGAGCCGGGGACGAUCUGUGGUCCCUUGGCAUGGACGAUGUGGUCGAAAUCUGGAAUGUCGCACAAGGACUGAUGUUGAUCCGAAAGUGAUCAGGAAGCAGAACAUAUGCUACUGCCUUGAACCUGGCCUAGUGUGUGGCACGGAUGGCAAGACCUACACGCACUGCGAACUUGAAGCAGAACAGGCUUUGUCUAAUCGGACUCUUGAGAAAAUGAGUGACGGUCCAUGCCGAGUCAAACCAAAAGCUGAACUGCGCGUUGCUGGUGGAUUAGUCAAACGUGGGGAGAAAUUCACCCUUGUCUGUGAGGCUGUUGGCUAUCCGCGUGCUGACGUCACAUGGCACCUGAGUAAACCUGGGGACCAAGGCAUCAGCCGAAAAAUGCCUGGCGAUUUCGAAGACGUGACUGUAACGACUCGUGGCGCUAAAUUCGAGAAUCAAGUCAUAUCCUUUUUGCAAAUCACAGACUUCAAGCUGGAUCAGGAAGGAGAUUAUCGCUGUGUGGCUGACAAUGAGCUUGGAGUGGACACGGCGACGGCAACUCUGGUACUGGUAAACUAGAGGGCAGAUUUCGUCCUUCAAUCGAGUUUGAUUCCGUAUUGCUUUAUUUUAUGCAUGCAUAACUGGCUGACUUAUAACUUAUAAAUGUUGCGUAAUAUUUAUGUCAAAAUAGUUUGAUCUUGAUGUUAUACUCUCAAUCCGUUAUUGGUUGUUUUUGAGAAACAUAUUCCUUCUGAGAUUGAACAAAGCGUAUAUUCGACGUUCAAGUAAAUUUUGUUCUAAUGUGUUCCUCAGUACUUUGGCUUUAUUUGGAUGAAAGUCAACCAAUUUCCCUUUUGAGAACUGUUUGGAUAUGCAAGACGGGUUGCCCCUAAGUCGUGAUUGGC